AUGGCCGACACGCGCAUGUCGUCGGCAGCAGUGUACUCGCCGAGCGCCGCGCUCGAGGCUAUCGGCAUCGUCGACUUGAGUGACCCAGGACCCUCAUCACAACCCCUCCACGCGCACCACGGUGGCCACGCCGCCCACUAUGGGUCCCACUCGCACAACGCGCAAACGCAUGGCGGCGAUGCCCACUCGGCCACCGCCAAUGCCUUGGGACUGCCGCCAGAUGCCCAGGUCGUACGCGUCCCCGAGGGCGAACGAUAUCGCGUACGGGCAGUGUACGACUUUGAGGCAACAGACGAGAGCGCCCUCUCGUUCCGCGCCGGCGACAUUAUCGAAGUCUUGACCAUGCUCCCGAGUGGAUGGUGGGACGGCAUGCUCGCCACCAGCCGAGGCUGGUUCCCCAGCAACUACGUCGAGGACGUCGAGGACGGAGAACUCGACGACGCAGACGAGUUUGACAAUGUCCAUGACGAGACCCUCCAACAACUGCAGCAACAUUCUCUCCAGCAGCAGCAGCAGCAGCAUCGUCAGUCAAGAUACAGCACCGCCGCUUCAAUCGAGAUCAUACCGGACAACCGCGUCCAUAAUGGCUCUUCGGGCGACCUGCUUGGCUUUGAAGACAGCAUGACCAGGGCUGGAUGGGGAAGCUGGCCGGUCGACGUGCGGUCCACGUCGCUAGACGACUUGGCUCUGGAGCUUAUGGGCGGCGACCCCGGUGUCACUUCUGUUCAACACGGCGCCAAACGCGAUCCGGACAACCUCACAGGCGCACAUGACCCAGACGAGACGCUCCGGUCUCAUCUUGUCCGCCGCAGUGUUGGCCCAGGUGGAAACGGAAACAAUACCGCAGAUGACGCCCAGGGUGACGCUUGGGUACCAAAUAUCACGCCCGACGGACGCGUUUACUAUCACAACACGCACACUGGCGAGAAUGCAUGGGAGAUUCCAGACGACGAGGAGGACGUCGACUAUGGCACCGCGGGCCAAAACGGUGACGAGCCAACCUCCUCGUCGCACUAUGGCCAGCCACGGGCAACCGACUCGUACGAUCCCGCAGAGGAGCGCCGGCGAAGGCCCUCGACGUCGACGACCUCGUCAGCGCGGUCCCGCCCAGCAUCCAUGCAGCCCGACGAGCAGUUCCGUGUCCCUCCCCAUCGUGUUGCUGGCGGCGUGCCCUUGCCAUGGACCGCACGGCUAAGCGACGACGGCAGGACGUGGUACUAUGUCAACCAGGAGACCGGCGAGACCCGCCGUACCCCACCUCAGGCGGUCGCCACCGAGGCAGCCUCCUCUCCUACGACGGCAACAGAUGCUGCGGCCAGGCGCAUCUCUGCCCCCCCAGCCAGCAUCAGUGGCACGGUUGCGUCCAGCGCCAACCGCGCGCCGUCUAUUCAUGCCUCUGUACAUACGGGUCGCUCCCAGCAAGACUGGGAGGACAGGAUACGUACCCAGCUUUCGCCCCUCUUUGCGACACCUGGGCGACCAAACAUCCAAACAUUGGUGUCUGUUGUCGUUGACGCCAUCCAGCUCGUGUACGAGGCUGCCAUUGCCGGUGCCGCCGCUGAGGAGCAGAUCCUGCUUGCUCGCGAAGCAGAGUCCGACCUGUCUACCGCCCUCCGCUACGACGACGAUGCAGUGGAACGCGCCGCCUUGGCCCAAAUCGCCGUCGUCACUGCCGUCCGUUCACUUGUGAUUGCCCUCGGCUACGUCGGACCCCUGAUCCCCGCUAUGCGCAGCUACGACCCGAGCGCACAAGACGACAUUAUGUCGCGCCCGGCGUGGACUAGCGACAUGAGCCUCGUUGGCAGUCUUGGAUUGCUUCAAAUCACCAUCCACGGCGCCAUCACUGGCCCACGUGGUCGCGAAGCCAGUGAGAGCGCGUGGACAAUGGUGAUUCGUGCGGCCAAAAAGCUGCGGUCCGUCGUCGAGUCAUUCCCCGACCUCGCACUCAGCGACUCGGCGCCCGACAGGCGAGACGUCGCCCGCGCUCGCCGACUGGCCGCAUGGUUUGGCGCCGACCGCCUGGGAGACUUCAUGUCUGGCCGCUUCGGAUUCGGCAACGUCAAGGAUACGGUGCUGCGUCCACUGGACCAGGCCGCUGUCGUCGAAGUGCAAAAGCUCAAGGCUGAGUGCGACGCCGUCAUCCGCACAGGUGGCGGUGGCUGGUUUGACAGUGGCUCGUUGGAGAUUGUCCGCUCGACCGCACGCUUCCGCGAUGCUGUCGGUCACAUUGAUGUCGCCAUCGCAAUCGACUUGGAUGGUGACUUGACCGAGUCCUCCCCCUCCGAUGAUGACGCGCGCGCGUAUGCCGACCUCGUGAGCAAGGCCCGCCACGCCCUCCGCGACCUCGACGAGGCAAACAUGGGGCUCUACACGAGCGCCGCCGAUGUCUUCCUCCGCGCCGGCGAGCCACAGGCACUUUCCACACGCGAAAAGACGGGCCACACCGUCGCGAGUGUGUUCCGUGCACUGUCGGCCCUCCUCGUUGUGGCCCAACAGCAGGUCGCCAUGCUUGACCACGGUCAGGUCCGCGGUUCUCUCGGUGCCCGCUCUCCUGCCGUUGCUGCUCGUCGUGUCGCUGCCGCUGCGGCCGAGAUCCAUGGACGUGCCCUUUCGGUCAUGUCCUUCGAUUUGCCGAUCUCGGAGCGCGACCCUACUGGGAAUCACGAGCGCCAGCCAUCGUUGGCAUCAACCGAGUCGGGUCGUAACCGCGCAGCGACUACAGAGUCUGAAUAUCUCGACCAGGAUGAGGCAAGGCGCGCGCGCCGCGGUAGCCGUGUCUCGCGCGCCUCGCAUUCGGCAUCGGCGUCGGGCAGCCAAACCAGCUUGGUCGCAUCUAUCCGUCGUGGCGAGGGCAGCUCGUCGUCCACGUCAUUGGCCUACGCCCAGGACGUGUCCGACACGGGUGGCUCCAUGCGCAACUCGAACCGCGCGAGUAUCCUCAAGGCCGUGCCCAGCUUCCUCCGCAACCGCUCCGGUUCAGAAGACCAGGCCAAAAAGUCGGGCAAGAAGCUUGCCAAGCUCCUUGGCGAAGAGUCUGUUGCGACAGCUACACGUACCGGCGCCAUAUCCAGCGUUGUUGGUGGCACGGUCGGUAGCAUGAUGCCGCCGUCCAGCGCCAUUUCACCCUCCAUUGCCUCUAGCGCCAGCAUCGCCCACCAGCCACCUCCUCCGGCGCCCAUGGCGCCACCACCGUCGGCCAUGCGGUCCCAGGAUGCGUGGUAUCUCGCCACUGACUUCCCCGUGGGAGAGCUUGUGUUCGACGACAGGGGAGCCGUCAAGGCCGGCACCAUCCGCGGGCUCGUCGCUCGCCUCACUGCCCACGUCCAGUACGACAAUGCGUUCUUCCAGGCGUUCUUGCUCACGUUCCGCUCCUUUGUCAACAUUGACGAGCUCGUCGAGCUGCUCAUUGAGCGCUACAACAUUACCGCCCCGCCAGACCUUACGCCCGACCAGAUCAAGGAGUGGACGCUCAGGAAGCAGACACCUGUUCGCUUACGUGUUGCAAACGCUCUCAAGGCGUGGUUGGACAACUACUAUGUCGAGUCGGAGGACAUUGACGCGCUCGGCGUUGUCGACGAGUUUGCCAAGACAACGCUGGUGGCCAACGGCAACGAGCUCAUCUCGCGUCAACUCACCCAGCUCGUGGACCGCAGGCGACGAGGCGACGGCGAUGCUCAGUCACGACGUGUCAUUACUGGUGGCCAGCAACCGCCUCCUCAACCGAUCCUGCCUCGCCAGACGUCCAGGCCCAUCGCUCUCCUUGACAUUCAGCCGCUCGAGCUUGCUCGCCAGUUGACGCUCAUCGAGAGCACGUGCUUCCAGCGUAUCCGCCCGUCCGAGUGCUUGAACAAGCAGUGGAACAUGCCCGUCAACGACCGUAUGCCCGACUUGGCACCGAAUGUUCGCAGAGCUAUCCUUGUCGGCGACAGCGUGGCGCGCUGGGCGACAUGGUGCAUUGUCUCGACCAAGGAGAUGAAGAUGCGCAUGGUCAUCCUCAAGCACUUUAUCCGCGUCGCCUACGACCUGCGCGAGCUCCACAACUUUUCGUCCAUGGCCGGAGUGGUCGCGGCGAUCAGUGGCUCGGCUGUCAUGCGCAUGAAGCGUACCUGGGACCUGGUACCCGACAAGUCGAUGAAGGAGUGGAGGGAGCUGGAGCGUACCAUGGACUCGAGCAAGAACUUUUCAAAGUAUCGUGAAAUGCUCAAGACGGUCAACCCGCCAUGCGUUCCCUUCCUCGGUCUCUACCUUUCGGCCCUCACGUUCAUCGAGGACGGCAACAAGGACAAGGUGCCCGGGCCCAACCCGGACGGGUCGCAACCCAUGACCCCCUCGGCCUCGAGCAUGUCGAUGCGCAAGGACAGCAUCUCAACCAUUGCUACCAGCAACUCGGCUGCAACGGCCACCACCAUGAUCUCGACGACAGCGACCAUCGCCACGACCAUCAACGGCAGCACAACGACUGGCGGAAGCGGUCCGAUGCUCAUCAACUUCUUCAAGCGCCAGCUCUCGGCUGACAUUAUCCGCGAGAUUCAACAGUACCAGUCUCAACCGUACAACCUGGCCACGUGCAAGCCGAUCCAGGUGUUUAUCGAAUCCGGCAUCGACUCCGUCUCUCAAGAAUCCGAGGAGCUCUACCAAUUGUCGUUGGCCAACGAGCCAAAGGAGGAUCCGAACCGCAGCCUUGGCGGGGCUGCCUAA